UAAAAACUUUCCUAAAUCUUGUUUGAUCUCUCUUAGGUCACUGAGAAGGAAGUACACAAGAACACAGUUAUUGUUGAAUUUGUCAUUUCUUCCCUGUGGUUUAUAUUGAUAUUUUGAACACAAGAUGACAAACAAGCGCACCACCUGCAGUUUAUGCAGCUCCUGAAGUUCACGUCUGACCCUAUACUUCAGAGUUGAGGACUACCAUUCCCAGGAUGCCUCGCUCCUCUACCAGAGGGUCCAACGGGUCUUUUAUAUGGGCAUGGGCCGUGAGAGAAGGCGUGUCAACAGAGACGAGCUCAGCCAAUGGGUGAGUCCGACCAAGUCAAAACCUUCGCUGAUUGCACAGAGGGUAUUAGAAUGUUUGGCGCCUUGCUUUCAAUGGCAGAUGCCUGAUGGGUGGAUAUGCUGACCAAUGAAAAGGUAGGGAGGCGGAUCCGGAGCGCGUGGGUGAAGAGGAACGCUGACUGGCAGGCUGUUCACCCAAUGAGAGGCCGAGAUCGCUUGGCGAGGUGGGUGGGCGCGGAGAGUAGAGACGGGCGGGUGGGGCUGUUGUGUGAGAUGGCGGAACCCGCUAGGAGAAAGGUUUUGAGGCCCCGAGCUGGGCGGGUUGGCCGAGGCGCUCGGGGUGGGCGUCCUUGCGCCCAGCGUUCUCCAGCCGGGCGCACUGUGGACACAGUGCUUGUGGACUUGGUCAGCGACAGCGACGAGGAUGUCCUGGAGGUGGCCACCACGCGCGGUGCAGUGGAUGCAGUUGAAGUCCAGUCCCCCGAGCCUUGGGUGCCUGCCGUGCCCCGGGGCGACAGCGACAGCGACGAGGUAGAAAGCAGUUUCCAUCCCAUCCCAGAUCCUUUGUCUCUCCUGAAACUCUACGCUGAAGUUGCUGAGGAAGAGGCAGAUAUGGCAGAAUCCAGCAGUCCUCACCCUGAGGAGCCCCCAUUUCCCAGUUCUCCCUGGAAGAAACUGAGGAGUAAGGAUGAGAAGGAAGAGAAGAAAAAGGUGUUACUGGUUGAGGACACCUCUCCUUUGCCCUCACCUCCACCAAGAAGCAAAAGCAGGAAGCAUACUCAGGCACUGCAGAAGUUAAGGGAGGUGAACAGACGCCUCCAAGAUCUCCGAUCCUGUCUGAGCCCCAAGCAGCAUCAGGGCCAAGACCACCAGAGCCAAGAUGAUGAGGUUCUCCUUGUAGAGGGGCCUGUCCUUCCAGACAACCCCCGGCUUUUUUCACUCAAAGUCCGGUGCCGGGCUGAUGUGAUCCGAUUGCCCAUCAAAAUGUCAGAACCCCUUCAGAGGGUAGUGGACCACAUGGCCUCUCAUCUUGGGGUAUCCCCAAGCAGGAUCCUCUUGCUCUUUGGAGAGACAGAGCUGUCCCCUGCUGCCACCCCCAGGACCCUAAAGCUCGGAGUGGCUGACAUCAUUGACUGUGUGGUGCUGGCAAGUUCCUCGGAGGGUGAAGAGGUGUCCCAACAGCUCCGGCUCAGAGUGCAGGGGAAAGAGAAACACCAGAUGCUGGAGAUCUUGCUGUCUCAAGAUUCCCCUCUUGAGACCCUCAUGUCUCACUAUGAGAAGGCCAUGGGACUCUCUGGCCACAAGCUCUCCUUCUUCUUUGAUGGGACAAAGCUCUCAGGCAAGGAGCUACCAGCUGAUCUGGGGAUGGAAUCUGGGGACCUCAUCGAGGUCUGGGGCUGACAUGCCACUCCCUGUUUGGAGGCCCAACUGGGACUUAGAAGAAACUCCUUUUUGGUCCUCUAAGGAUGAGCAGAAGGUGAGGUAGAGUUUAUUUUUCAUCUGAAUCAAAAGCAAGAGCUGACUGGGCCCCAUCUCCUGUCAGCCCUGGCCUCACGCUGUUUUAACCACUAGGUUAAUUGUGUGGGGCUUGUUGCUGCCCCCAGUGGCCUGUACCACCACGCACAUGUGCUGAGUUUUGCAGCCCACCUGUGCCCUUGGACCUCUGUUACUGCCCUUUGCUUCACUAAAAUAUGUUCUAUGAAACUUUGCUCGUGUUUAAAGAGUGAGUUGAAAUAAACAAGGGUUGGUUGUGGUUUUCCAGGUCUGGGAUUUAUACCACACUGAGGACCAACAGUGGCCUUAUUCUCACUGGGGUCUGAGUUUGCUGGGGGCAUGUGCAUUGCAGGCUCCUUAGCACACAGGAGAGCAGGUGAGCAGUGCAUGUGUGCUGAGCUUAAGCACAGGUAGACAGGAUAGUCUUUUAGGGUAAUAGGAGUGGAAUCUGAGCCCUGAGUGUCUCCUCAACCCCAGGACUGUAGUCACCUUUUCCGGUGCACAUAUUUAAGCCGUUCUGCUUUGGAUCUUGGGCAUACAGUCUCAUGCAAAAAUUCUCUGAUUUUUAUGACCUUUUCUCUUUACACCAUCCUCUCUCCUUAACACCCAUCUAAUGUAUUUAUUGUGCAUUUGAAUAUGAAUCUGUCAUUAAAAGUUUUAUGAGUGAAUGGAAUUGUGCAAUAAUAGAUCUAAUAUUCUCUUCACCCACCCACCCAUAGCUCUUGCCUGCUGUGCAUUGUAUCCCCGUCAUUGCUCUGACUGCUUCCGGGUGUGCCACGGGCAUCACCCGCGUUUUACUCACACGAUGCCUUAAGUGGCUGACGCCUGGGUGCUCCAGCGCCUUGGCGCUGUGCACAGGCCAUGAUGAGCAACAGCCUUUUCUGGGGCCCUUUCUGUGCUUGUUCUCUAGCCUGUGUGCCCUGGAGAGGAUUAAGGAUCAUACAGAUGAGUUUCUCCUGCUUCCCAGAGUUUUCCUCAGAAUGGGGAUUGAUUCUCUUUGGAAUCUUCCCUUUCUUCUCCUGCUUACCAGCACUGAGUAUUUUCCAGGUUUCUGAUUUGGGCUGAUCUGAUGGAUAUAAAGUGACACUGUGUUUUAAUGUGCAUUCACCUGAUCACCAUUAAUUUAGGUCCUUUUUUCUUUUUUAAGUUGAGCAGGGAGUACACACACUGUAAUUCC